AUGUUUGAUUUCCUCAGUAGAACACUUCGUCGCUCGGCUCCGAAUAUUCAGAAUUCGUCCUGUUUUCGUGAAAAUGUGUCUCUGGUUCUCGUCAGAGGCUUAUCAUCGUCCUCAAACAAGAUAUCAAAAGCGGCGGACCAACAGAAACAACACUCUUUUACAGUGUCUUACCUUGUAAAUAGAUGUGGGUUGCCUCUCAAAACUGCUACCUCUGCAUCUCAAAUGAUCGCCAAACUCAUCACGAGGCUCCCCAGGUUGGUUUGUUCUGACCCUGAGGAAACCCUUCUCCCCAAAAUUGAGUUUUUCAGUUCUAUAGGCAUUUCAGGCCAUGAUUUCACUAGGAUUGUCACUCAGAAUCCAAAUAUCUGGUUCCGGAGUGUAGAGAAACGAUUCGUUCCUUGUUAUGAUUUUAUCAAGAGUAUGGUUCUCUCGGAGGAUAAAGUGGUUACAACUUUGAAGAGAGCACCUAGGAUGCUCAUGUGUGAUAUGCAGACAAGUAUUGCUCCCAAUAUUGCAUCGUUGAGGAAGUUUGGAGUGACUCAAUCGACUGUGUUGUUUUUGGUGACUGAUUAUCCCAAUAUACUGCUGCGGACAAGCGCCAAGUUUGAACAACAUGUCAGGGAAGUUGUUGACAUGGGAUUCGACCCGAAGAAAUCAGAAUUUGUCCAUGCACUGAGAGUGUUUGCUGGGAUGAGUGAGUUGAGUCGAGAACGUAAAAUGGCGAUUUUAGGUGGUUUGCGGGAGGCUGUUGCAAGAGUUCCUUUGGUUCUUUGUUAUAGUUUGAAUAAGAGGGUAAUUCCGAGGUGUUCAAUUGUGCAAGUUCUGCAGUCCAAGGGUUUGUUAAAGGAGGCAGAUUUUUAUUUAUCUAGUGUGUUGAUACCUCCUGAGAAGGUCAUCUUGGCCAGGUUUGUCAUCAAAUAUGAAGAACAAGUUCCUCAGCUGUUGAGUGUCUAUAAAGGGAAAUUGGGUCUUCCGGAGCUAGGCUUUGGGUCUGAGGGAAUGAAACAGUUGUAG